AUGCCGCACUCACAUCACCAACACAUGCACCAUGUGCACCGCGACAUCCACGUUGGCUCUCCCAGCAGUGCAAGCCAGACGAUCCAACUAGCUGAACGAGCCUCACGUGUACUGGUGGCCCGCGCCAGUGCAACAUGUACCAACGACAGCGAUCCUGGCUGCACCAAGCCAACCCAAGUACCAACCAUUGCUAUCGCACUGGCUAUCAUUGUACCUGUCGUCGGUGUCACAAUCGUCCUAUUCUUUUUACAUCGCAGGAACAAGAGGAAGCUCGCAGAAGAAGACUCCAAAGACAAGUACAAGUCGCACGACUGGGGCAUGGAGGGUGUCGCCAAGGCCGGCAAGAAGGGAGGUCCUGAGAUGAGCGUGUCAGAGAAGGAAAUCCCUGGAGGCCACGACCGAGGUCUCUCGAUCGAGACUGGAAGCCCGUACAUCCUGCCCGUCGGCCUGCAUGGCUCCCGGGAGUCGUUCCACUCGUUAUCGCGUUCGCAACACGAUCCUCACGACCCCUACGGCCCCGUAGCCUAUCUGAAGGACGACCAGAGCAUCCGCAGCGCAAGCCGCGGCCCCUAUGGAAACGACGCCAGAUCUAUGUACACCACUUCAAGCGCAGGAACAAGGAAGGAAGGUCUUCAGGCUGGCCUUCUUCAGAAUGCACAGAGGAUGUCGACGUCGCACCCCAUUCGCGGAGAGUCUCUGUCCCCUGACAGUUCGCGCUCCCCAGACAGCAAGUUCCCUGAGGCGGGUAUUCCUCUCAGUCCUUUGAACCCACGGUUUGAAGAAAAGUCGUCUCCCAUCUCGCCUCCGUCAGCCACCUCGCCUUCAGAUGAGCCCACCACCCAAUACGCCGCCUUCAAGCCCACCGAUGUUCCCACCAUCUCCAUUCCUGAGCCUGGUGUCACCGAGAAGCAAGUCAGCAAGUCACCCGUCCAGACCACCAACGACAUCCCCACAUUGCCACGCGUUAAGUCCCAAGCUGUUGUGUUAGAGAACACCAACACGCACAGCAUCAUCAGCACUUCGAGCUACGGCGAUGGUUUCCAGAUCACACCGCCGUCUCCCAAGGAAAGCGAGGGACCCAAGAUUGUUGCACCUAAGCCUCGCUACUCGACUGGUCCCCAGAACGUUGGUCUUGGAGUCGACGAUUUCGCCCCCAGCUCUAACCGUCUGUCCAUGAGCCUCCGUCCCAUGCCUUCCGAUGACCCUCAGGAGAACCCCGAGGAGCGCGCCAACCGUAUCCGAUCUUUCUACAAGGAAUACUUUGACGACUCGAAGCCUGAGCCUGCUGGCGGCCACCAAUACACCGAUUACGUUGAAGACUACGGCUCGGAGUACCAAGACGGCACUGUCUUCGACCCUCGCACCGGUGCCUUCGUUGUCGCUCAGCCGAACGCCCCGUUCGCUGAGCCCAUCACUCGUCGUGCCAUGACUCCUCCCCCGCGUGCUCCUCCCCGGUUCCGAAGCAACACUGCCACUGGUCCUCGUGGCCCGCACAUGUCAAACGGCUCCAUGGCUUCCUCACAAUAUCCACCUCCGCGUGGCAUGUCUUCAAUGAGCGGACGCUUGCCUCCGCCAAUGAAGAAGCCGCUGCCUCCUCCAUCCGCUUUGUCCUCUCUCCCAACACCCGCUAAGCUUACCGAGAGCUCCAUGGUUUUCGACGCCGCCGACUUUGCACCGCCAGUCUCGUUCCGCGAGAGGCAAAACGGCGUACGACCUGACAGCCCUCUUGGAACUCCCAGGCCAUACAGCCCGGCCGUACGACCACACACACCCCUCGUCGGAUCCUACGACGAACUGCCAGCGCUACCCAGUCCCUACUUGAUGCGCAAGUCUGGUACCUUCACUGCGCUCGAUUUCGCACCACCUGCUCGUAUACGUGACCCUGCCGGUGGCGGUGCCUCAGAUGCUGGCUCAAUCCGAUCAAAUCACUCUGGCAUCUCGGCAGUUGGCCGAUUUGCUGUUCGCAGCGGAGCCAACCGUGUCAGCAGGAUACCAAGGGACGUUCUGGGUACCAAGGAUGACUUCAUGGUGCAAUUAAAACCCAGGAUGAACAUGGUAGAGGGCGCCUAA